UGGGAGUGGAGUCUGGGUCGUUGUUUUGUGCAUCCCCACUCUGCGGAGUCAUGCGCUUGCCAGUCACAAUUAGUCUUUGCGUUGCACCAUCAAGCUGGCCGAAUGUAUACAUUGCCGUGAUCAUUUCUAUUUUGCUCUUUUCUUCAGUUACGCUUUAUUUUUAUAUUAACCUUGUUAUUUGUAUUCUAUAUAUUUUUUUGCACUCGAUAUGCAUAUUUGGCAAUACCGUUAUCUCCUAAUGCUUUCUUCAGAUAAACACAAGCGCAAACAAGCAGCACGUCAACGAACUAGCACUAUAUACAGUCCAUACAUUACAUUAAUACACACAUUUAGUUCUUGAGAAUUGCUUGAGCACUGAGCC